AUGAGAUGCCAGGCACGACGAUGGAUUGUAGCAGUUCGUGCUUAUCUCUUGCACCUGGUCGGUUGCACUCUUUUUUCUAACAAGAGUGCAGCAAAUGUUCAUGUGGUGCAUCUAGCGGCUUUUCACGACCUAGGUCAGAGUGGGGGCUAUGCCUGGGGAGCUGCCGCCCUGGUUCAUAUGUAUGACCAGUUAGAUGAAGCUUCUAGGACCACGACACGACAGAUUGGGGGGUACCUUACUUUAUUACAGUGCUGGAUCUAUGAGCACUUUCUGAGUGUGCAUCAGUGCAUCACUGAUGAUGCGUACGAGGAGACGUCCCCACGUGCCUCCCGGUGGCUAAUGAUGAAGGUGCGUAUGAAGGGAAUUACAGGAGCGCCGUACCAGGCAUGUUGUGAUGCUUUGAUGGUCACAAACGUGUGCUGGUUGCCUUACAGUGACCAUCGAGGGGUUAGGGGGUUUGAGCUGAUUUCAUUGUUCUAG